CAUAAUAAUAUCUUAGAUAACUCAGCCCACAAAAAUUGAAGAGGAUGAAGUUAAUUACCUCUCUAAUCUCUUCUAUUUUGCUUAAAUUCAUCCACAAAGACUUCCAUGAGAUUUACUCAAGAAUGUCCCUCCUCGAUCGUUUAAUACUUCUUGUCGUCCAUGCAGUGGAUAAGAUGGUUCCAUGGCAUAAGCUUCCGGUGUUCUUGGGUUUAGCCUAUCUUGAAGCACGUAGACAUCUUCACCAAGAAUACAAUCUUCUCAACGUCGGUCAAACUCCGGUCGGGACUCGGUUUGAUCCUGCUAAUUUCCCGUACCGGACUGCUGAUGGAAAGUUCAACGAUCCGUUCAAUGAAGGCGUCGGCAGUCAAAAUAGCUUUUUCGGAAGAAACUGUCCUCCCGUCGAUCAGAAAACUAAGUUACUGAGGCCAGACCCUAUGGUGGUGGCGACAAAACUAUUAGGAAGGAGGAAGUUCAUCGACACAGGGAAACAAUUCAAUAUGAUUGCAGCUUCUUGGAUUCAAUUCAUGAUCCAUGAUUGGAUUGAUCAUCUUGAAGACACUCACCAAAUCGAACUUGUGGCUCCGAGAGAAGUAGCGAACCAGUGUCCCUUACGCUCCUUUAGGUUCUUCAAGACCAAGGAAGUCCCUACCGGCUUCUUCGAUAUCAAGACUGGUUCGCAAAAUAUCCGUACACCUUGGUGGGAUUCGAGCGUCAUCUAUGGAAGCAACUCGAAAACAAUGGAUAGAGUGAGAACUUAUAAAGAUGGGAAAUUAAAGAUAUCGGAGGAGACGGGUCUCCUUCUCCAUGACAAGGACGGUAUAGCUAUCUCCGGCGACGUUCGUAACAGUUGGGUUGGCGUCUCCGCUUUGCAAGCUCUCUUCAUCAAAGAGCACAACGCCGUAUGCGACGCCCUCAAGGAUGAUGAUAAUGAUUUGGAAGACGAAGAUUUGUACCGACACGCGAGGCUAGUGACCUCAGCGGUGAUAGCCAAAAUUCACACCAUAGAUUGGACAACUCAGCUUCUCAAAACCGACACUUUACUUGCUGGAAUGCGAGCUAAUUGGUACGGAGUACUAGGAAAGAAGUUUAAAGAUUCUUUCGGACAUGCAGGCAGUUCGAUCUUGGGAGGUGUCGUGGGUAUGAAGAAACCGAAAAAUCAUGGAGUCCCUUACUCUCUAACCGAAGAUUUCGCUAGCGUCUAUCGAAUGCACUCUCUCUUACCCGACCAACUCCAGAUGCGUGACAUUGACGAUGAACCGGGAACUAAUAAAUCACUACCGUUGAUUAAAGAGAUUUCUAUGAGCCAUUUGAUUGGCCUCAAGGGAGAACAAACCAUGUCUCAGAUUGGAUUCACUAAGCUAAUGGUCUCAAUGGGUCACCAAGCAAGUGGUGCCCUUGAACUGAUGAAUUAUCCAUUGUGGUUUAGAGACAUCAUCCCCCAUGACCACAACGGCCAAGAACGUUCGGACCACGUUGACUUAGCUGCUUUAGAGAUCUAUAGGGACAGGGAGAGGAGCGUCCCACGGUACAACGAUUUCAGAAGAGCUAUGUUUAUGAUUCCGAUAACCAAGUGGGAAGAUCUAACGGCUGAUAAGGAUGCUAUUGAAGUGCUGGAUGACGUCUACGAUGGUGAUGUGGAAGAGCUUGAUCUUCUCGUGGGACUUAUGGCAGAGAAGAAGAUCAAAGGCUUCGCUAUCAGUGAAACUGCCUUUUACAUUUUCCUCCUCAUGGCCACAAGGCGAUUAGAAGCGGAUAGAUUUUUCACGAGUGAUUUCAAUGAAACGGUUUACACGAAGAAGGGGCUUAAAUGGGUGAAUACUACAGAGAGCCUCAAGGACGUGUUUGAUCGUCAUUAUCCUGAAAUGACCGAUAAAUGGAUGAACUCUGAAAGCGCAUUUUCAGUAUGGGAUUCACCACCAGUUACCAAAAAUCCAAUCCCUCUCUAUCUCCGAAUCCCUUCUUAGAUCGUUCUAAUAUGUAUAUGCACUUUGAUUGAAUUUUCAUAUAUUUAUUUAUUGGCAUUUUGUUGGUUGUGAGCAAUGUGACAUUGUAAGUUUAUUUGACAUCAAUCAUGUACUAUAUUAUACAUAAAGAAAUAUAUUCUAUCAUUAAGUU